UAGCGUCGGUUAAAAGUAACGUUUUAACCCUCCAAAUGCAGCCCGGAUCAUCAGAAUAACUCACAGCGUAACUUUACUCAGAGUGAAUAUAAAGUAGGCCGCAGCUGCUUWCGCUUAACACAAGUUUGAUGAUACAGCUGGAGAAACCUGUGGAUGUUAGCUGACGAACGUUGUAUCCGUUUAUGUCAUAACGGUUCAAAGUUUAAAAAUCACAGCUACGGUUUGAAUAGUUACGAAAUUAUAAUACUUGAAAGUAUGGAUUCAUUUGCAGUGGUUUGUACUUGCCUGGUUAGUGGUCGGCGGAUGAAAACUGCGGCUAAAUGAAUGUUGGCGUAGCUCACAGUGAGGUGAACCCCAACACGCGGGUGAUGAACAGCAGGGGAAUAUGGCUCACCUAUCUGUUACUGACGGUGGUUCUGCACAUUAUUCUGCUCAGCAUCCCUUUCUUCUCGGUGCCGCUCGUCUGGACGCUCACCAACGUCAUCCACAAUCUGGCGAUGUACCUGUUCCUGCACACAGUGAAGGGCACUCCCUUCGAAACUCCAGACCAGGGCAAAGCUCGUCUGCUCACGCACUGGGAACAGAUGGACUACGGCGUCCAGUUCACUUCUUCGCGCAAGUUCCUCACCAUCUCACCAAUUGUUCUGCACAUUCUUGCCAGUUUCUACACAAAAUACGAUGCGACGCAUUUUUUAAUCAACACAUGCUCCCUGAUGACCGUCCUAAUCCCAAAGCUGCCGCAGCUUCACGGAGUACGGAUAUUUGGCAUCAACAAAUACUGACGCACCCUAAAACCAGGACUUUAUCCACAAAAACUGGACUUAUAGUUGUUCUGGUCCUGCUGAACUGUUUUCUGAGUAACAGUUUGAGGAGAUGGAGAUAAAAACUGAGGAGUACCCUGAACGUCUGGAGAAACUGAAACAAGAUCCGUUGCUCGUGUUUUUGAAGGUUAAAAAUGCACUGGUUUUAUUUUGUGAUGUAUGUUCAACUUUUUUCUUCUUUUUUUUGCACUGGCUGCAACUGUGUAAAGCUGAGUUUAUUCGCCAUAAUUAUAAACCAAUCAGUUUUUUCUACUCAAUCCAGCAUGCAUUUACAUGCCUUCAAUAAAUAUUUUACUGUGAUAUACAGAAAAAAGUAAAGUGGGUAUCAUUUUGGAAACCUGCCAGCUCUAAACACAGGACAGGAUUUUAUAGAAUCCACUUGGUCCAGGGUUUCUACAGGUUUCACAAACUCAAAUUUUAGACUUUUUAAGACUAUUAUGAAUGGAAUUUAAGACCUGUAGCACAACAGAAAUGUACAAAGGAAAACUAUAAAUCAAACCGUUUGGCAACAAAAGUGAGCCAAUGGCGAAAACGAACAUUGUCCAGUCAAAUGCCGAUAAAUAAAUUUCUACUUACCCAUAAUGGAUGUAAAAAAGUUAGCUAGCUUAUUAGCAGCUAAUUAUUAGCUACUUAUGGUUCCUACUUAUUAGCAACCACUUUGAAUCAUCGUAAUGCAGUGACGAUGUCUGUGCACAUCUCAGUUUGUGUAGCAGUAAAAUCCUGCAAGGAAAAGGAAAACUACAUAGAAUGAGAUUAAAUAGUAACGGCACAACAAAUUUAAGACCUUCAAUUAACAUAUUUAAGGCCAACUUAUUGUUUUACAAUCAAUUUAAGACAUUUUAAGGUCUUUAUUUUAUAUUGAUAAAUUUAAGAGAAUCCUCUUCAUGCUGUUAGAUGACAUUAAAUAAUUUAAUCUUCUUUUGGGAUAAAUAUAUUCAGGGUUUAUGCAGGUUUCACCAACUCAAAUUUAAGACUUUUUAGGACCAUGUGAAUAAAAUUUAAGACCUAUAUCACAAGAGAUGUACACAGCAAAUGAAGGGGACUAAAACUAAAAUUUCCAGGGUAAUUUUGUGGUACUUGGCAGCAGCUUUGCGCUUUUCACAUGGCACAUAGCCGUCUUCCAUUAGCAUCUUGGUACUGUUAGCCUUAACAGUUUUGAGUCACAGAACACAGUGAGUGAAGAUUUCAGAGCAAAGUCUUGUAAGAAAAAACUGAAUAUAUUACAGUAAUUGGUCCUACCACAAGCAAAAUUUAAGACCUCUGAUUGAUGUUUUUAAGGCCAACUUAUUGUUUUUCAAUGAAUUUAAGAAAUUUAAGGUCUUAAUUUUAUAUUCAUAAAUUUAAGAGAAUCAUCUUCUUGCUCUCAAAUGACAUUAAAUCAUUUAAUCUCAAAUGUAAGAUUUUUAGGACCAUUACGAAUAAAAUUUUUAAGACCUUCAUCACAAGCAAUGUAAAAAAAAAAAAAGGGGGCCGGGGAAACCAAAACUAAAAUUUCUGGGGUCAAUGUGUGGCACUUGGCAGUAGCUACAUGGCUUCUCACAUGGCAUAUGGACAUGUGAGCAGGCCAUAUGCCUUAUGAGAAGGCAUAAGGCCAUGUGAGAAGGCUAUAUGUCUUCUCACAUGGCCUUAUGCCAUGUAAAAAUAUGUCCAUGUGACAUCUUCUUUCGUUAUCAGUGAGUGAAGAUGUCAGUCCAAAAGUCCCAUAAGAAAAAACAUAGUAUAACAUUAAUUAGUCCUGCCGCAACAAAAUUUAAGACCUAUGAUUAACUUGCUGUGUUUCCAAUUAAAGACAUUUUACGGCCUUAAUUUUAGAUACAUUAAUUUAAGACUUUGUAAGCAUCCCAUUGGUCCCAAUUUUCAAGCUCUGGGGGAAGUCCAGGCGCUUUACAUGAGGAGGCCGUCACAGUUUUCUCCAUAUGCUCGUAUGUCGAAGGGGUUCCCCCCCUUCCGCAUUCAAUAGAGUCCUGUUUGCAUUGGAGCGAGGGUUUCCCUGUUUGUAAUGCAUGUUUCGGGGAAGUAGUUCAAAGGAAACACAGCGCUGUGUGAAUGUUGCCUGGGUUGAGCUGAGCCUGGGAAAUACAUGCAAAUAUUGCUCGCUGUAAUCAGCUGUUUUAAACCUGUUGAGUAAUUGUUUGCAAGCAUUUCCAACAGUGUUGAUCGCUGCGUGGACACACGCAGGUCGUAAAGAAACCUGCGGUGGGAUUCUCGCUGCUGCUGCCUUUAAAUGUCACAGUGUCCCCAAGAUGUCACUGAAACUAGAGUGGGAGAGUAAAAGAGAAAGGAUAAACGUUGGUUUCUUGAUAAAAGAUAACCUUAUCUGCUCUGAAAAGCUGUUUUUCUUUUUUUUAUUUAUUCCUGGCUCAGCUUCUGCUUUGAAUGUAACAUCAGUCAUACCGACAGUUUGUGAGCAACAGAUUUAAAAAGUUUCAGUUUACAGCGAGUUGUUUGUUUAAAGUUUUGAAUUUACUUGGAAAGACAAAUAUGUUUUAGGUUAUGAACAGAUAUGAAAAAGGUCAGAAAUUUCUCCUGAGUUAUCUUUGAUCUCGUUACGCAGAUUACCAAGCACAACUUUUUUAAAAAUGUGGUUAAAACAUGAGUUUUACUGUUAUACGUAGAAAUCAACACUCAACCUAACCCAGGCAUCAAUAACUGAGACAAUUGGAUACAUUUCCAGUCAGAGGUUUACAUGAACUUUACAGACAUUUCAUUUAUUUGGGGCUUUGAUGCAUUUGGAAAGUGUUCAUUUCAUUCAGGCUGUAAUCACUAUGCGCCACAUAUUUAUGGAUCAAUGAGAAUAAAAUCAAGAGUUGGAUGCUAAAGAUUAAA